AUGUCGUCCGUCCCCGAUCCCGAAAAGGCGCCUGCCGCUACCGCUACCGCCCGCGCCAACUCGUCCUCCGGCGGCUCAGAGAAACCAGACACCGUCCCGCGCCCGCAGUCUGCGGGCUCCGACGUUGACAAGGCCUGGCGCUUCCUCCAGAGCGUAGGGCCCAUCAACGAGAAUGAAGUCGACAGCGUCAACCUCCCCGCCCUUCGCCGCAAGGUCGACUGGCGCAUCGUUCCCCUAAUGUUCUGCUGCUACACGCUCCAGUUCCUCGACAAGGUCAUCUACAACUAUGCCGCCGUCAUGGGCAUGCCCAAGGACCUCGGCUUCACAGGCAAUGACUUCUCCAACAUUGCCACCUACCUCUUUGUCGGUCUACUCUGCUUCGAGAUCCCCAACAUCUACUUCCUGCAAAUCUUCCCCUGCGCCAAAUGGCUAGGCCUCAAUGUCACCCUCUGGGGUAUUGCCACAGCCUGUGGUGCUGCUGCUCACAACGCCCAGACGCUCCUCGUCUCCCGUGUUUUUCUGGGGAUCUUUGAGGCCACCAUUGGCCCCUCCCUGAUGCUCAUCAGCAGCCAAUGGUACACAAAGUCGGAGCAGGCUCCUCGCUUCUCGUUCUGGUAUCUUGGUCUUGGUCUUGGUCAAAUCCUAGGCGGUGCCAUCUCAUAUGGUUUCCAGCACAUUGGCCCUGAUGCCGCCCUGUCUGGAUGGAGAACGAUGUUUGUGACGCUCGGUUGCAUCACCGUUGCCAUCGGUCUCUGCGUCCUCUUCUUCCUGCCCGAUACCCCUAUGCAGGCCGGCUGGCUGUCCAACGUGGAGAAGCUCGCUCUUCUUAAGCACGUCUCCGUCAACCAGACUGGCAUCUCCUCCAAGAAGUUCCGCUUUAAGGAGAUUCUUGAGGGCCUACUUGACCUUCAACUCUGGCUUCUACUCCUGGCCGUCGUAUUGCUGUCAGUUUCUAGUGGCGUCGUGACCACCUACUCCGCGACUCUAAUUCGCAACCUCAAGUAUUCGCCGAAGCAGGCUGCCCUAAUGAACAUGCCCUCAGGUGCUGUCAGUAUCUUCUUCACUCUCAUGGUUGGCUUUGGCAUCCGUCACGGCUCCCACCGCUGGGCUUGGAUCAUUGCGUGCAUUAUUCCCGCCAUCAUUGGUGGUGCGCUCAUGUCUUUCCUGCCUACAAGCAACCGCGCCGGCAUUCUGGCCGGUAUCUACCUGGUCAAUGCUGUCGUCGCCCCGUUGGCUGUCUUUUACAACUGGACUGUCGUUAACGUGGCCGGUGCCACAAAGCGCGCCUUUGCCUGUGCUAUCAUCGCCGGCUCCUUUUCGCUGGGUAACAUCAUUGGACCCCAGACCUUCCAGGCUCGCGAUGCUCCCGACUUCCGCCCAGCCAAGCUUGCCGUCAUGGGCACCCAGGCUGGUUGCGCGUUUAUCACCUUCGUCCUCUUCCUAUACUACGUCUUCAUGAACCGUCGCCGUGCCGACAAGAGCAAGCAGAAUGAAGAGGCGUACCAGUCGCCGGAGGUGUGGGCCAACAUGACUGAUAAGGAGAACCCUCGCUUUGUCUACACGUAUUAA